GUUGUUGAUGUUGUAAUGGACUUGAAAUUGGGUUAUAAUUGCAUAUGUUGGUUUUCACAUGCUCAGCCAUGUAAGAUGAUUCUAUGUCCGAAAUGCAAUGGGGACUUGGGAGCUGGAACUGUAAGGGGUGCUACUAUUGAAGAAAUAGAAGCGGAGAAGUCUGUGAUUGAAAAAGAUGCUAAAGGCAGGAUGGAAAAGACUAUUGAAACGGUACGAUCCAAUUUCAAUUCUAUUCGGACAGGGAGAGCAAGCCCAGCCAUGCUGGGCAAGAUUGAGGUUGACUAUUAUGGAAGUCCAGUUGGCUUGAAGAGCCUUGCUCAAAUUAGUUCUCCUGAUGGAACUUCCCUAUUGCUUUCGCCAUACGACAAAUCCAGCUUAAAGUCUAUUGAGAAGGCCAUAGUUGCCUCUGAUCUUGGCAUGGACUCCAAAUAAUGAUGGACAGGUGAUACGGUUGACCCUGCGUCAACUCACAUCAGAUAGACGGAAGGAGGCAUCAUCAUCUGUGCCGGGGUUGGUGGUGGGGAUAACAACGGAGGAUCAGAUAAUGGAGUAGCCGUGAAUAGUGCGGUGGCAGGUAGCCUCAAAAAAGUGUUGAUUUUGAUGAGCGACACCGACGGUCAUCGAGCUUCCGCAGAAGCUAUUAAGGCAGCCUUUAAUGAAGGAUUUGGUGAUGAAUAUCAGCUUGGUGAUGCUAUGGAGACUUGAUCCGGCUGGUCGCAAUGCAUGUUUGGGUAGUGAAACAACAACAUGGACUUCAAACAAUCAGGUCUUGCGGAGAUGCCUGCUCUAGUUCUUCAAAUGACUUACUUUUGGUGAGGCAGACAUCAUUCUUGCUGCAAGAAGUCCCUUGAACAGGGGUUGUACAUCUCACAAUUGGGGACUUCCGCAAGGAUUUGAAAGGUGUGACCCCUAGGUCCUAGGAUGAGGAUCUUGACUUGAAUCACUCUGAGAAUUAUUUUGAGAGCGAAUGUUAAGAGAUAAGAACAGAUGAAGGAGCUCUCAUCAGUUUGCCUACCAUAGCUGAAGGGGUAGGUUCACUCUGGAUCAGGCCAUUAAGAAGAAACUCGAUGGAGAUUAUGAAUCAAUACUUAGUUGUGUGCUAUGAAAUACUAGUGGUCUUUGUCGUGUACUAUGAGAAUGCAUUACAAUUUGGGAUUGGUAUCUACAAUUUGGUGUUAGAGCUUCUGUUAAUUAUGGGUUUUCUUGUUUGCAUAUUUCAAGAAUAUUGGAGCAGUUACUAGGAAAAUUUCUUCUUGUGAAGAAGAUUCAAUUCUUGUAUCCAGUGAGGGUAAUACGGGGAUUCUGUUAAUUUCUACUGGUUAAUCCCAAUUGAAGCAUAAGAAAAUACCUUAAGUCGGAGCAAUUUGGUUG